UCAUCCAGGCCUAACCUGAACUAUAUUAGCAAGCUGGAGGAAACUCUUAGCCUGCAAAAUUGUUAGUCCACAUCACAAAAGCUGCAGCCAGUGUCCACAGCAUGCUGCCACACGCAUCCAAACGACCAACAUUUAUCCAUAGAAAUCUUGAGAAGCUACAGAAUCUGUGUUUCAGUUUGUUUUGUCUUGUCCUGACUCAAACUGGAUGGUCGAGCAUUAGCUUUGGUCUACAGAUAAACGCAUCACUGUCGGUCCGUCUUUCAAAGACAUCAGAUAUUGUGUUACCAGAUGUCACAAGAGAAACACGCAGCAGUUUCAAUCCAUGCAACUCACUUUAUUUGUAGAGCACUGUGGACUAAGGCGUUGUACAGAGUAAUUAUUUGGACAUAAAAAGGCACAAAAACUAACCAAGGCAGCAAGAUACAGCUAAAACGCACCUAAAAUGAAAUUAAGACUUUUAGACUAUGAAAAUAAGUCUAUUAUAAUAAGGGGAUGAUAUGCAGACUUGCCAACGUUGGAUGGAGAAGCUACCCUAAGGAAACAUGCAGGUAAAUACGGAACAGUAUUAAUACAUUAUUAGAUUAACUUACUGUAGUUGUUUUUAAUACAUGCUAUUGUAUUCAUUUUCAAAGAGAAUUUAUUAUGUAAAAGUUUUUUUUUCUUUUAAAAGGCAUUCUACAUGUUAAAAUAGUAUUGUAUUGGGAGGGCCAAGCACGCAUUACAAUUAUUUAAAUUGGCGGGGCAGCUUUGAAGUAUGAGUGUCCUGCGUUUUUCGCAGAACACUUGUCAAUUAUUGUGCUAGUAAGUUGAGGUACUUCUGGUUUGUAAAUUCAGUUAAUACUAACACAUAAUACAUUGUGUAGCGAUUUUAUAGUUUUACCCAGGCCUGGGCGAUAAAUCAAUUUUACGGAAAAAAUGUGAGUAUUUAGUUGCGACGAUUUAAAAAAAAAAUCAAUUUUUUUCUCAUCUUGCUCCCGCAUAUUGUUUGUCCCAUAGAGCUUCCACACUUCCAGUCCCCCCCUUGUUUCCUUAGGGAAAUUUACACACACAUAGCACAACAUGGCUGAUGGUAACGCAAACAAAAGUGAGACAUUUGUUACAAAGAAAAUAAUGGUGUCGUCAGUGGUUUGGUUUUGCGGCUACAGACGUGGAACAAAUGACUGCACGCUGCAAAGUCUGUUUAAUAAAGGCAGCAGUACAACAAACUUAUUCCAGCAUCCGAAGCAGAAGCAUCAAGCUGAGUAGGAGAAAUGCAAUUCUCUACAUUACAAGGUGAACAAGAACAAACAAAAUAUCGCCAGAAAGCAACUUACUGUGUUGGAAUCAUUUACACAAGGUACUAUGUAUGAUAAGAAAGAGGCACAGUGGAAAACAAUCACUAAAGCGGUCGCUCUGCACAUCUAAUUGUACCUGAAUAUUAACCAAGUUUUAGCUACCUGGCUUGUGCAGCUGCAGUGUUCACAUACUGAGCUGCUUCAUCAUGAUCACCUCUGAGUUGGUUAAAGUAAAUUUUAGACGAUAAAUGAUGCAGACUCUCCUGGAUAGUAGAAAGUUGUGACCAUAAACUGAGAAGAUGGUCAUCGUGUGGAUUAUGAUAAUUACUUCAUCAAAACGGCAAGAUAUGAAUAUGAUAUUCUAGUGAGAGCAGACACUGGAGUGAGUGAUUAUUUAAUUUUGUUUGUCGUCUCAUGAAGUCUGCCAUGAUUAGUAGUAGUUAUUGAAGGAAAUGGUGAACGUUGUGAUGUGUCUCUGAAAUGAAUGUGCCGCCGUAUGCUUGAAUGACCAAAAUACAUAAAUAUCACCUGUUAUUAAGAAUGUGCCCGUUACUAAAUUACAUACUUACAGCAUGUAUAUAAAACCUUAAUAGAGGUGUUUGAAUGUUUUUAGAGCGCUUUAAGGCUGAAACGACGCGUCGACGUCAUCGGUUACGUAAAUAUGUCGACGUCAUUUUUGUGCGUCGACGCGUCGCAUAUUUACGUCACACCACUGUCAUGGCGGAGCGCAGAGCAAACGAUGCGAGCGAGGGGAAAAAAACACGCCAAAAGUCGUCAAAAGUGUGGGAGUAUUUUAAUAAACGGCCUAAUAAUGUUGUUUUAUGCACACUGUGUCGAGCGGAAAUGGCGUAUCACAACAGCACAACGGCUAUGAACGAGCAUCUAAAAAGAAAACAUCCGACAGCGUUCUUCCCAUCACCAUCAACGAGUCAAUCAUCCGCCAAACGACAAAGCAGUGUCCAGGAUUUUUUUCCAAAGAGGCAUGGGACUGAAUGCACACCCCAAGUGGCCGCUGACCUGACUGAUGGUGUCCUGGAAAUGAUGGUCAUAGACAUGAGGCCAUUAAAUAUGGUAGAAGGGGAAGGGUUUCAAAAAAAUGAUCAAACGGUUUCACUCUGGCUACACACUACCAUCAAGAACCCACUUCACUAAGCUUAUGGAGCAAAAAUACACAAAGAAAAUGAAUGAAGUCAAAGCAAUCCUGAAAAAUGUGAAAGGAAAACUGACACUCACAACUGAUGCAUGGACAAGUAUGGCCACUGAAGCUUACCUUGGUGUCACCAUUCACUUUGUUAAUGAUGAGUGGGAGCUUACCUCAAUUAACUUGACAACAAUGCCCCUCAAUGAAAAGCACACUGCAGAAAACAUUGCCUCUUGGAUUGAGGAUGUUGUCAAUAAGUUUGAAAUAAACAUAAAACUAGUACAAUUCAUUGUACAUGACAAUGCUGCAAAUGUUGUUGCAGCUUUAAGAGUUCUUGAGGAAAGACAUGGUGUUUCAUCCCUCAGAUGUGUUGGCCAUACUCUACAGCUUGUAGUUAACCAUGCUCUAAAGGACAACCACAUCAGCAGAGCUUUAGGAGCAGCAAGAAGUUUGGUCGUGCACUUCAGAAAAAGUGAGCUAUCCAGUACAAAACUAAAGGUUAAGCAAAAACAAAUGGGUUCUCCAGACCACAGCCUCAUACAAGAUGUGUCUGUGAGAUGGAACAGUUCCUUUUACAUGAUUAGUCGCCUGCUUGAGCGGAGGUGGCCAAUAACAGCAACUCUGUCAGAUCCGGAGGUCACUCAAAGAGGGAAGCAUUUUCUGGAUCUUAAGGCUGACCAGUGGAGCUUGCUUGAAGAACUUGAACAAGUUCUGAAACCUUUUGAAUGUGCAACUGUGUACCUGAGUGGAGAAUCUUAUGUAACAGUUUCCGCUGUCCCUCUGCUGGUCAAAGGGCUUCGGAAGGCUACACAAACUGCUUUUGAAAAUGCAUCAAUCAAGUGUUUCCAGGUCACUGCUGCACGUGAGAUAACAUCCAGGUGGGAAGCCGAGACCACAUUCAAAGAUGAUGGACCAAAUGUGUGCAUAUUAGCAGCUGCACUUGACCCACGAUUCAGGAAGCUGAAAUUCCUGACUGCAGAUGAGUGUUUAAAAGUUCAAUACAAGCUGCAUGCAAUAGUUCUGGAGGAGAAAAGAAGGGAAAAGGAGACACACGCUCAACAGGGCACAGCAAUGCAAGUGGAAAGACCAGAUGCUGACAGGCGGCCUGUAUCUUUACUAGACACACUUCUUGGCUCAGAUUCAGAUGAACUCAGCAACAAUUAGGAAGACAACAAUGACAGUAAUGAUGCUGAAAUGGUCAGAAACGAGUUAGUGUCUUAUUUUGGAGAAUCCCCCAUUUCCAAGGAUGAAAACCCAUUAAAAUGGUGGAAAGAACAUCAGGCAAGGUUUCCAAAUCUGGCAAUGCUGGCUCGGUCUUACCUCUCAGUUCCAGCCACAUCGACCCCUUCUGAGCGCCUAUUUUCAGCUGCUGGGAAUAUUGUAAACAAGAAAAGAACCAGCCUCACCCCAGAGCAUGUAGACAUGCUAACCUUUCUUCAUUACAACUGUUAGUCACUCACUGGAAUGAGUAGAAUUGGUUAUAGUGUACUGUGUUGGACUGGAUGUUUAUUUUGCACAUUUUAAAAGCAAUACUUAAUGUUUACAGUGCUCCAGAAUAUUUAGAUUGGCACAAAUGUUUACAGUGUUACAGAAUGUUUUGCCAUGUUUUCAAUGUUGACUGAGUGGCCAUACUCUUUUUUUUUUUUUGUAAA